AUGUCGAACCCACGUAUUGAGGAAUUGACAGACGAACCCGACAAGAAGAUUGCUGAGGUCGAGGAUGCCGAGGACAGCUCUGACUCCGAGGUUGAGGCGUCCGGCGCCGGUGACGGCGAAGUUGGCAUCCCGGCUGGUGCCUCAGUCGCUGUACACUCCCGCAAUGAGAAGAAGGCUAGAAAGGCGAUUGCCAAACUUGGGCUCAAGCACAUCGAAGGGAUUACCAGAGUGACUCUGAGACGCCCAAAGAAUAUCCUUUUUGUUAUCAAUCAACCUGAUGUCUAUAAGUCCCCUUCAAGCAACACUUGGAUUAUCUUCGGAGAAGCUAAGAUUGAGGACUUAAACUCGCAAGCCCAGGCCAAUGCUGCGCAGCAACUUGCUGCUUCCGAAGGUGCCGGUGGAGAUCACGCUGGACACGAUCACGGCGACAAGGGCAAGAGCAUCGACCUUGGUGGCGAGGAGAAGAAAGAGGAGGAGGAAGAAGAUGAUGGUGAGGAGGUUGAUGACUCCGGACUCGAGGCAAAGGACAUUGAAUUGGUCAUGCAGCAAGCCAGCGUCUCGAGGAAGAAGGCUGUGAAGGCACUGAAAGAGAACGACAAUGACAUUGUCAAUUCCAUCAUGGCACUGAGUAUAUGAGGACUACACGAUCCAUGGCCUCUGUCUCGAAAACAAGCGCAUACUAUGUAUGAUAGCCAAAGCGCAAAUGACAUUUACAACUUUCAAAAGGCUAGGACCUACAAUUAAAAGUAUUAAGUAGUGAGACCGGACGGAUGUAUUUGCUUAUAAUACUG